CAACAACCAGUGUGUCUUGCGACGGGUAUACAGAGAUGACCGGUUUAAAGAGGAUAUAGAGUGCAGUGAAGCCUACUUUAUUGUAUUCUUAAAAAAUUAUAAAUUUAGGUGAUAUGAAAUUAUAUCCGUCACUUUUCCAGACACUCUGCGGAGGCUGAGCUCGGUCAAAUCAUGAUGUCAGUGAUAUUCAGGUCGGAAAGAAAGAGGUCCGAGUUCCCGAGUUGGAUGACUGUUCAAAACGAUUUUCCCAGUCGGAGGUAGUUCUUCCCCCCCGUGUUCCCAGUUGUUUUGAACGCGGCAUUACUGGUUGUUGAUGUCAUGCUGGCAGUGACGAAAACGUCAUGAGCGUCUUACUACCCAACAUGGCGGAUUUUGAUACCAUCUAUGAGUUAGACGAGGAAGAUGAACGUGUAGUGAGUGAAGAACAUCUUGUUAAAUAUUGCCCAGAACCUGUGAUUAUGCGAGGGGCCGGGCACAUCACCGUGUUUGGCUUGAGCAACAAAUUUGACACAGAGUUUCCCUCAGUACUCACAGGAAAGGUGGCUCCAGAGGAGUUUAAAACCAGCAUCAGCAGAGUGAACGCUUGCUUGAAGAAGAACUUGCCUGUCAAUGUGAAGUGGCUUCUUUGCGGCUGCCUGUGCUGUUGCUGUACAGUGGGCUUCAGUCUGUGGCCCGUUAUAUGCCUCAACAAGAGAGCGAGAAGAUCUAUUCAGAAGUUGUUAGAAUGGGAAAACAACCGGUUAUAUCACAAGCUGGGCCUGCACUGGAAACUCAGCAAAAGGAAAUGUGAAAGCAGCAAUAUGAUGGAAUAUGUAAUUCUUAUAGAAUUCUUACCCAAAUAUCCUAUAUUCCGACCGGACUGAGCUGAGGAGGCUGUUGGGAGACCUGCAGUGUGACCCUUGACUCCUAUCCGUAGUGCCUUGUAUAUAUGUUGAAAUGAGGGUCUGCACCGGUGUAGAGAUGUCCCUUACCAUCUCCCAGUACCUUGUACAAUAGAAAUUGCAACACUGUCACUUUGCUUUAGAGCAGAUUUUGUAGGGCAGAUUUUGCACAGUUCCUUUCGAAGUAGAAAAAUGCCCCCUUUUUGUUGUGUGUAAUACAACUAGUGAUUGAACAAAAAUAUACUGUUGAAAAGUGCAUUUAGCCCAAAGAGCCAUCAUUAAUCAAGGCCAUGUAUCGUAUCAGUAUUGGACACCUAGAGCAUCAUCGCCUUAUGUAAAACAAUAAAGGAUGUUAUAUAUAUAUAUAUAUAUAUAUAUAUAAGACAGGAGGAGACCAGCAUUUUGUAGCCCACCAAGUUCAAAUUCUGGUUAUUGGGUUUAAUUUCCUUAAAUCAAUUCUUCUUUGAAACAAAAAGUAGAUGUGAUGCUUGAAUUUGCCUAACAUACUAUUUAACAGCAUCAUGUUUUUUCUUUACUUUGGAAAUGACAGGAGAAUUGAAACGAACCUGUAAAUAUGUUAGGAUAAACUGUACAGUGGUACGCUGUUGUUUACGUUGUGAUUUAGAUCUUUGAUUUGUUUUGUCAAGAAAGUGCUGUACCAUAGUUUUGUUUAUGAAAGAUGUCUCUUACCAGUUUAUAUGGGCCUGUUUACCUAGUAAGCCAUAUAAUUUACAAUGUAUGUGAUGCCAGAGUUAGGACAGAAAAUUGCACUUAAGCUCGUCAAAAUGUCAUGAUUUCAGAGGAUGGUCAAACUGAGGUUCUGAGUAAUUUUACAAUGACACUAGUGAUGCAUGUUAUUUGUGUGGUUUUGCCAACUAAAGAAAAAAAGGUUAAAAAGUGUCAUCCAGUUUAACGUGAGAUGGCUACUUAUCUUUAUGAUGUACUGCUGGAAACAAAGACUCCAACUUGGCACUUCCAUGUCAAAAUGUUUUUUUUGUCAAUCUUUUUGUUGCAGCUUUGUCUUUGUUCAUUUUAUAGUUUUGUAUUUUCCUAUAAUGUGUUUGGUCCUUGUUAAAAACACACAUACAGCCUAGAGAACAUGACAUAUUGAAAUAAAUGUUUCCUUAGUUAUUCAUUUUGUCCAGCGUUAGUGCACUAUUCAAUCCGCAUCGCUGAAGUUCAGCUUUACAGCGUGAUUGACAUUUCAAGGCAAUGUUCCCGCUUUAUUGAGGACAGCGUUCACGGUAAACGCUGCAUAUGUCAGCUCAAUCGGAUACGAGCUUUGAAUUUCUAUCGCUGAAUCUGUAAGGCCUAAGUGUUGUGUCCUUCACUUGUAGCUGAGAGUUUUGCUGUGUUACAGUGCCACUGGAAUGUUAGGUGAACCACAGUCAGGGAACUGGGUGUACUUGUUAAGGUUGACAUGCUCACUUGUAUUGGCCCUGUUACAGAGUACUUGUAAAUGUUUGUCAUGACAACUCAAUCCCUAUGGAAAGCUGAAAUAAAUUGUUGAUUUUGAAUUUUC